AUGGGAAACGGCGUUGUUGGCUGGCGGAGCAAAAUGGCGGCGCUGGCGCCGGUGUGGGCGCGGGCCGGGAGCCGCAGCUUCUCCCUGCUGCGAGGUUUUCCCUUCCCGCUGCUGCCAAACGCUCUGGAGCCUCUCCCCGGGCCUUCCAACGCCGCCGUUCUCUGCCGCCUCCCGGUCCCAGCGUGGAAUUUCCGACAAAUCCGUGGAAAAUCCCGGGGCAACGAGUACCAGCCCAACAACUGGAAGCGGAAGAAGACUCACGGCUGGAUCAAACGGAUCAGAACUCCCGGCGGGGUCGCCGUGAUCCUGCGGCGGAUGCUGAAGGGCAGGAAAUCCCUGAGCCACUGAGGGAGCCCCGGGAAUUCUGCGGGAAUUCUUCUCCGGGAUGAGCCCGCCGGGGCCCGGAGGGGGUGCCCAGCCCUGCUGGCCCUGUCACUCCGUGCCUCUGAGGGCUUUGGGGCUUUGCUGCUUCAGCUGUUAAAUUAUCCUCGCCUUUUCCGCGCGUUUAUUCCGAGGUUUUUUUAAAUUUGGUUUGUUUAUAAACGUGGGAAUGCGGAGUGUGUUGAAA